GGGUUCUUCCGGCGCAGCCAGAAGGGCGGCCCGAGCUACGCGUGCAGCCGCCAGCAGAACUGUCCCAUCGACCGCGCCACCCGCAACCGCUGCCAGCACUGCCGCCUGCAGAAGUGCCUCCGCCUCGGCAUGUCCCGCGACGCCGUCAAGUUCGGCCGCAUGUCCAAGAAGCAGCGGGACCGGCUCCAGGCAGAGGCGCAGCAGCAGCUGGAGCAGCGGGAACGGGAUCGGGAACAGCGGGAACAACGGGAAUGGGAUCGGGAACAACGGGAACAACGGGAACAACGGGAUCGGGAACGGGCGGCCCAGGGGGCUCCGCUCCCCCCCCCGGCCCACCCGCUGUCCCCCGCUGUCCCCCCGGGCUGCCCCAGGGUGUCCCCUCCCGGGCAGGAGGGGACAAAGCGGGGACAGGAGGGGGACGGGGACAGGGCGGCCCUCGAGUGGUUCCCCCAUCCCGGAGUGGGCGGUGUCCUGGAGUCCCCAACGGCGUCCGCGGGGGAGAUCG